UCCCUUAUCAGUUCGAUUAAUUUGUCCGAAUUACACGUCUGAAUUAGUAAAUUAAAUAUUCGUCGAUGCGCAGUGUUCGUCCCUGGACGCGCGCCGUCAUCAUAAUAAAAAGAAAAAAAAAAAUCUCGAACCGAACAAUAACCGUACACGGUGUCGAAAACAACAUCAAUACGUAACACGCGUCACGACGAUGACGAUAAAACGCGGUCGCGCGCGAUUGCAAGUAAACGUGGUACCGAAACGUUCGAUUGUUACGACGCGCCGCUGCGGUAUCGCAACAACACGACGCUGAACCAUGGUCGACGAACGUUUUAUCGUACGCGCGUGACUACUACCGUUGUACGUCGAUCGAAAACACGAACCCGACGCGAACCGGAACGAUUCGCAACGGACCGAGGUCGAGUCGCGAUAGGUGCCCGCAAAGAUCUCCGCAACCGGUCGUCGAUUAUGUCGAUCACAUCGGACGCUGUGCCGGGUGCCGCGGCAGUUGCUACGCCAGUACCACACUAGUGUCAGACGCGCGCGGUCGUGCGACACGUUCGUUUAGCGCACGCCGUCCACGAGGUGCCGGACUCGAAAACCGUUAACACAGUCCGCUGCUGUAUCCAACUCAUUCCGUUCGCUUAAACGACCGAUUUGCCUACUGUUGCACGCACGUGCGUCUCGCGAAAUGUCCUCUUACGAGACGAUAGCCACGGCGGCGGCGACGGGGAAACACACGUCGACGAUCAUUUUUUUCCAUGGUCUCGGCGAAUCAGGGAACGUUUGGAUGGAAAAAUUAUCUACUUUACGCAAACCAAAUACAAAAAUAAUCUGCCCAUCCGCCUCAAAGAUACCGUUGACUUUGAACAAAGGAUUCAUGAUGCCGUCGUGGUUCGACGUGUCGACGCUAAAAGAGGAUGCGCCGGAAAACGAGUCGGACAUAUUGCGCGCCGUAGACAAAGUGCACGCGCUUCUGGACGAGGAGCUGACCAGGACGCGUCUGCCGCCUAAGAAACUAUUGCUGGGCGGUUUCUCGCAGGGCGGAGCGUUGGCCCUGUACGCCGCGCUCACAUACCACAGGCCGCUAGCCGGAAUUCUGAUCCUUUCCUGUUGGAUCCCGCUACACAAAUCUUUUCCAGACGCGGCUACGAAUAACACUAAAAUACCUAUUUUACAAUGCCAUGGAACAGAUGAUCCAGUUAUACCCUACGCAUGGGGUAGAAGAACAUCAGAAAUACUAAGUGAAUUUACCACCAAAAGUCAAUUCACUAGUUACGAAGGUCUAUUGCAUGGGACGAAUGAGAAAGAGUUGGCUGACGUAAAAGAGUUUAUUCAAAAACUACUUAUAUGACAAUAUUGAAAUCAGACUUCUUACAUAUUGAAUUGUUUUAAAAUAUCAUAAACAUUCUGAAUAUGCA